AGCUUGGGGCUUCGGGGAACCUAUUUCUCGUUCCAAUUAUGGCCUGAUUCCCAACUUAUAGCACGCCGCCGGCCUCCUCCGUCAAACCCUCCAAACAGCCGAGGCACCAGCCGCCGCUCCAGCCACCUCCGAGCAUCCUCUACCAGUCUCUCCUCACCAUCGAUCUUCCUCCGUCGCUCCCGAGCGAGUUAUCGUCGACUCCCACCGCCGGUCCGUCCCUCCUCCAUCGAGCAAAUUGAUCUUUGUUUGGUUUGGGCACCCAUAGCUUAUUUCAUUAUGGCAAGUGAAGACUCUAAAGACUUGCUGAAGAAUGUGGAUUGGAAGACAGUGGGCAAUGCUGUCAAUAGUGAUUCACUUGGACCAGUCACUAAAAAGCGGCUUCCUAAGAAAAUUAGAGAAGUCCCUGACUAUUAUUUUCUUCCACGAAGGUCAUUACCUUCUUCUAUUGCAAUUUAUGGAGCUAUCUGCGCAGCUGGAGUUGGAGCAGGAAUGCUGCUGGAGGUUUGGAUUAACAAAAAGAUUAAAGAGGAUGGUGGAGUCCUUUGGGAGAGGGACAAAUUCUGAAAGCAAUUACUCAGAUAUACAUAGUUGGUUAUCCUACUAUAAAAUCAGCAAUUCCAGCUAUUACUGCAUCAGAAGCAAUAAGAAGUUUCUGUUUUCUCCUCUGGCAUUGUGUGAUUUGCAAUGACCUUUAUGGUUCUGUACUUUUUUGGGUUUUCUAGACAUUCUUUCUUUGAAGAUCCUCAUUGUCCGGCUUUUGUUGCGUGUUCUCUAGGUCCUUUUUCUAGGAGUUUGUUUGUACUUUUACAUCAAAUUGGCAAAAAGUUUUGAUGUUAUUUGAGAGUGUUGAUAAUGAAAUUUUGAAUGCAAGUAUUUUAUGUGAACUUAUUUUAA